AUGCACAGAGGACACAGCAGUCACAGUGGACACAGCAGGUACAGCAGUCACAGGGGACACAGCAGACACAGCAGACACCACGGACACAGCAGUCACAGCAGGCACAACAGGCACAGAGACACAACAGACACAGCAGACACAGAGGACACAACAGACACAGAGGACACAGCAGACACAGAGGACACAACAGGCACAGAGACACAGCAGACACAGAGAACACAGCAGGCACAACAGGCACAGAGACACAACAGACACAGAGGACACAACAUACACAGAGGACACAACAGACACAGAGGACACAACAGACAUGCACAGAGGACACAGCAGUCACAGUGGACACAGCAGGUACAGCAGUCACAGGGGACACAGCAGACACAGCAGACACCACGGACACAGCAGUCACAGCAGGCACAACAGGCACAGAGACACAACAGACACAGCAGACACAGAGGACACAACAGACACAGAGGACACAGCAGACACAGAGGACACAACAGGCACAGAGACACAGCAGACACAGAGAACACAGCAGGCACAACAGGCACAGAGACACAACAGACACAGCAGACACAGAGGACACAACAGGCACAGAGACACAGCAGACACAGAGAACACAGCAGGCACAACAGGCACAGAGACACAAAAGACACAGCAGACACAGAGGACACAACAGACACAGCAGACACAACAGACACAGAGGACACAACAGACACAGAGGACACAACAGACACAGCAGGCACAGCGGACACAGAGGGAACAGCGGACACAGCAGGCACAAAGGACACAACAGACACAGCAGGCACAGCGGACACAGAGGACACAGCGGACACAACAGGCACAGCAGACACAACAGGCACAGAGGACACAGCAGGCACAAAGGACACAACAGACAGAGCGGACACAGAGGACACAACAGGCACAGCAGACACAGCAGACACAGAGGACACAGCAGACACAGAGGACACAACAGACACAAAGGACACAACAGACACAGCAGGCACAGCGGACACAGAGGACACAGCGGACACAACAGGCACAGCAGACACAACAGACACAGAGGACACAGCAAGCACAGAGGACACAACAGACACAGCGGACACAACAG